AUGCUUAUCUACACUGACAUCGUUUCCGGCGACGAGAUCGUCGCCGAUACCUUUAACCUUGUCCCCAACAAGGAGUUCGAUAUCCUUUGGGAGUGUGACUGCCGCAAGUACCUGAAGCGUGCCAACGAGGAAUUCCAGCUCGAGGGUGCCAACCCCUCCGCCGAGGACGCUGAGGAUGAAGGUGGCGAGGGUGAGGCCACCAUGGUCCACGAUAUCGAGGACCAGUUCCGUCUGGUCUGGCUCAAGAUUGAGGACGGCGCCAAGCCCUCCAAGGAGAGCUACAAGACCCACAUCAAGUCUUACCUUAAGAAGCUCCACAAGAACGCCGCUCCUGGCUUCGCCAAGGCCGAUGAUCCUGCAGAGGCCGAGAAGGUCUGGAAGACCAAGGCCGCCGGCGCUAUGAAGAAGAUCCUUGCCAACUGGGACAACUACGAUGUUCUCAUGGGCCAGUCCAUGGACGGUGAUGCUAUGCACGUUCUGAUUGACUUCCGCGAGGAUGGUGUUACCCCCUACGCUACCGUCUGGGCUGACGGUCUCAAGGAGAUGAAGGUCUAA